GGCACCAGCGAACUGACAGCGUAAUUCCCACGCUUGCCUCGUAAGUCGUAACCUAAGCAGCAAGUCCUGAUUCCUGAAUUCGUCAUCGUCAAUCCUUCUUUCCUCCAGAGCGAGUGGCGGCAGCAAGACUCUCCCGAGUCACGACGCGACUCACGAGUCUGUGACUCAUCCACCGAUGACGCUACCAACAAACCCUAGUCUACCAAACCACCCCCCAUCCAUUCCCUAAGUUAUUUUCAGCAAUCUCGUUGGGUCUCUCAGAAAAACACUUUCCAAUUUAAUGCUCGCUCAAAGGGGAAAAAAAACUGCCAACAUUUGAAUUUCACUGUCACAGGCUCACUCACGAACCCUAAUUUUUUUCUCAGUAUUCACAAAUCAAAACCCUUGUCAAAUUUCGAUCUUUGUUGCUCCUUGAUCUCACAGAUGUAGUAAAGUUUCUCUAUUUUAUUUCUUUCUACAUUUAUGUAAUUUAUCUGUGGGAAUACAGAACAAUAAAUUGGGUGAAAGAUUUCUGAGUUACUUCCAAGGUUGCAAUGGCUGCGCAGGAGACGGUUGUACUGGAUAUAAGCUCCGAUGAAGAUGUUGGUUGGGGAGAUAACAUGUCCGCUGCCGGCUGCGGCGGGUGUCGAGAUGACAGUGAUUGGAUAUCAGAGCUAUUGGAUAAGGUAGAUAAAGAAAUGGAUGAUUCCGAUGAGGUGGUGGUGGUGGUGAGGUUAUUGCCAAGCCCAAAUUCAGGCCAAAGCCUUCAGUAAAAUGUGUAGAUAAAGUUGAUGAUGAUGACUGUGUAGUCUUGGAAGCUGACCCGGAUGCGCCGGUUGCUAUUGAAAACGAUAAAAGAGAGGAUGAUCCCGACGAAUUGCUUGUUGUUAGCGAAAAGGGCCAGGUUGCAUGUAGAGAUUAUCCUCAUGCACGCCAUCUUUGUGUCAAAUUCCCCUUUAAUUCUACUCCACAUGAUAGGCAUUGUGAGCAGUAUUGACCAUUGUCAUGCUACUGACAAAGAGGAGUUCUGGAAAUCCCAGAGGAAAAGUUCAAAGAAAAAUGAUGAAGCUCCACCCGUGGCUCCUGAUACUUCUUUUUCCACAGGACUAGCUCCACCAUUGCCCUCUGAUCCUUCAUUACAGAAUCAAUUAUUUACCCAAGCUGCGCAUCAGCUUUCUUCUAUGCCAUCUAUUAAUGGCACACAAAAUAACAUAAAUCAUGGUAGAAGCCAACAGUCUGGAAAUUAUACGAGCGUCUCUCCACAGUUGCGGAGUACAUAUAGUCAUCCUAUCCCUGGUGACAGGAGACACAGUGCUGGCAACACAGGCACUCGCUACAUUUCUCAUGUACAAUUAAAAAGGACAAGAACAUGUGGGGAUGUAUUACCAGCUAAUAGGUACUGUAAUAAUUCAUCCAGAGCCAGCCAUGGAUAUCAGUCUACCAGAAGCCAUCCUUCUACGACAAGGUGGUUAGACUCUGUGACUCCAGUGAUUAGUACCUUUGAAGAUUCCUCCAAGGCAAUUGUUGGUGGUAUGGCUACUAGAAUGUCCAGCUUACCAGCUGUGAUAAACAUGGCCAAUGGAACUGCAAAUCAUCCACCGUCUCAUCCUCAGAUGUUACGUCAAACACAUGGAGCAGUAUAGAUACAAGUACAGUGGGUCCUCAGCGUCAAUUGUCUUCUUCAAAUGUAUGGCGACUUCAGCAUCACUAAUCCAAUGCCUACACAACCUGGGUCGUUGCCGCGCAGCCAAAUUGGGACUGUCCCUUCGAUAAUUCAUUUCCUUUUCAACCCCUAACAAACUACCAAUCCUAAUGAUACAAGAUUCUCUCAAGAUCCUGUUCCUUCUGAAUCCUUGUAACCUCGUGGGCCAACAUGAGCAACUGCUUUGAAGGUGCUUUUCCUACUCAGCCAAAUGCUGAUAGUGGCUUUGACAAUCCGUUGCUGCAUUUACCGCAAGAAUGCGUGUCAAGUCGCUUCUUUAUCAAGUCAUGGGGAAGAUACAUUUAAACAAGGUAAUCAAACUCGAAGUACUUUGCAUCCAAGUUGUGCUGAAUUUGGCUUUGGUUGGGACAGUACUCCUAGCCACGGCCAACAACCUCUUGCUGAUGAGUACAACCGGCUAGAAAACGCAGUGCAGAGAGAUGAGCCGGCAGUCAAUGCUGAUGUUGGUUCACAAUUAUAUGGGAGCGCCAAUUCUGCACCAUUGGAUUUCCAUUUGGACUCCUGGAUGUUUGAAAAUCAGUCUGCUUUGGGUGCUUUGGAAGUUCCGGUGCCUCCCGAGCUUAAUGUUUUCUCUCCUGAAGCUGCUACUAUAGAUGCUGGUCUUCUCUUCGACUUUUAGCUUUUGGUGAAGCUUCACCUACGUUUGUUCUACAAUCCUGCUUUCGACCCCGCCCCGGGGAAAAAAAAUUUUUUGGGGGGGGGUGGUGGUGGUGUUGCGGACGAGUUGCAGAGAUUGCCCUUGCCGUCGAAGGUUUCUGUACAGAGGCUGGUAGCUUUUGUAAAGUUAGUUGUAUAUUAAUUGAAUUAUUCUAGACUUUGUCAGCCUAUCCAUUGAGCACUAACUUUUUUUGCUCCUCAGUCUUAUUGAAGCUGUUCCGUUUGCUUUGACGCUGGUAGGAUUUUUGCGUGUUUUUUUAUUAGGUAAAUUACACAGGAACGGUGAUAAUCUGAGGAUCUUUUGGUACGAGGGACAGCUUCUUGAAACAAAGACGAAUAAGCAACUGAACUCGGCUAUGACCUUAGCUUAAUAACAUCAACUAAUCGGGCACAGUUAGCAUAAUUAAUUUACUGCAACGAAUGGCAAAUUAGCAAUUAGUAGCAAGAGAGAGAGAGAGAGAAGGCAAUUUUGUAGUUGUUUUCUGGGUUAAUCCCUCCACAUUAUCCAAAUCGAUUUGAAAAUGGGCCGUCAAAAGUGUCUAGAAAGAUCCGCCCAAUCCAAAAGUCACACCCCAUCUCAAAUUUGAAGGCUCUUUCUUGCUUCCGGGUUCUCUUGUCAAAUACCAGUACUAUAAUUCUUAAGGAGCGCUGCCUUCGAUGGCUUUCGUCAAAUGGUAAUUCGAGUGUGAGUGUGUGUGGGGGUUUGUAUAGUGUAUACUGACGAAGGUUUGUUUUCGGGGAGCGAGCGACCUGCUGAGUGAUCGGGUUUAGGUAGUAGAGUAUUCAAAGAAAGCCAAGAUGGCGCUGUGGAUGGAGGCGGGCUCUGAACCCAAAACAGAGAGCGAGGUUGUAGACCUUGAAGCCAUCUCUGCCCUCAAACAAUCUACUGCUAUCGAACUCAAGGAAAAUGGAAAUGAAUAUGUGAAGAAGGGGAAGAAGCACUAUUCAGAUGCCAUUGACUGUUACACCAGGGCUAUUAGUCAGAAGGCUUUAAGUGAUGCAGAGCAGUCAAUCCUCUAUUGCAAUAGAGCCCAUGUCAAUUUGCUCUUGGGAAAUUAUAGACGUGCUCUCCAGGAUGCUGAGGAAGCUAUCAAACUUUCCCCAACAAAUGUUAAGGCAUUUUACAGAGCAGUCAAAGCUUCGAUGUCCUUGAGUCUGUUGGCUGAAGCAAAAUCAUAUUGUGAAAAAGGGCUUGAGCUAUCACCAGAAAAUGAAGAACUAAACAAGCUAGCUGGUCAAAUUGAUCUACUGAAGUCCGAGCAGGAUCGCCGUAAGGCUGAAGUUUCCAAGUCUGUUACAGCUGUUAAGGAUAUGAUCUCUGCCUUUGAAGAAAGAAAAAUAAAAAUUGGGAAGGCUUUGUAUCAAGAACUCACUGGUGAAAAGCCAACUUUGGACAAGAAUAAUAUCCUGCAUUGGCCUGUUCUUCUCCUGUAUGCAGAGGUUAUGUCCAGUGACUUUAUUGAGGACUUUUGUGAGACUGACAUGUUUUCAACUCACUUGGACGAAAUGUUUUCAGAAAGUUCUCCUCCUUUGCCAUGGGAUAAUGAGCAUGCUUAUACACGUGAUGCUCUUGAGUUGUACUAUGAGGCUGACUCUGGAGUUCGUUUAUCCAAGAGAGAAAUCUUUCAUUGUCUCGCAGAUGGGACAGCUGCUGCUAAUUUGGAAAAGUUUGAUAUCGAGGAAAAUGAUGCUGCUGAGGAAUCAAGUAGUACUACUGUUCUAGGAGGUGGUGGUAUGAGAUGGAUCAAGGUAAAUGAAAGGAGGCGACUUUAUGAUGUCCUAAAAGAACCAAAUCUUGUUGUCCCCGGCAUACCUGUAUUCUACGUUGUUUCAAAGAAGUCCAGUUUCUAUAAAGAGUUCAAAUCUGGUAAUUGGGCUCCUCCACCAAGCUCAUUUUGGUAAAUAAUACACUUCCAGCGGGGGUUGAUGCGUUUUCCGGGUUUUUUUUUUUUUAAAAAAAAAAAAAAUUAUUAAUUAAUUAUUGUAUGUUGUUUUUCCUACCUCAUGAGUUGAUUUUGAUCGCUGGCAAGAAUUGUCUCGCCAAUUAUUCAGUGUACAUUAGACAUUAUUAAUUAGUUGUUCCGUGGAAGGAUGCUGCAGGAGCAAUUCUUCUUAUUACUCAAAAAAAAAAAAAAGAGCAAUUCUUCUUAAUUUAUGGA